AUUUUCAUCAUCAAACUCACUGGGGAGAAACCAUUUAAAUGCAUGGAGUGUGGAAAGGCCUUCAGUGAGAAUGGAAAACUUAGAAUUCAUCUGCGGACUCACACGGGGGAGAAACCAUUUAAAUGCAUGGAGUGUGGAAGGAGCUUCAGUCAGAAUAUUCACCUUAGAAUUCAUCAACGGACUCACACAGGGGAGAAACCAUUUAAAUGUAUAGAGUGUGGAAAGAGCUUCAGUUGGAGUGGAUCACUUAGAAGUCAUCAACGGACUCACACAGGGGAGAAACCAUUUAAAUGUGUAGAGUGUGGAAAUAGCUUCACUGAGAGUGGAGAACUUAGAAAACAUAAACGGACUCACACAGGGGAGAAACCUUUUAAAUGUGUAGAGUGUGGAAAGAGCUUCAGUCAGAGUGGAGCACUUAGAAGACAUCAACGGACCCACACAGGAGAGAAACCAUUUAAAUGUAUGGAGUGUGGGAAGAGCUUUGCUGAGAGUGGAAAACUUAGAAUUCAUCAACGGACUCACUCAGGGGAGAAACCAUUUAAAUGUGUAGAGUGUGGAAAGAGCUUCACUGAGAGUGGAGAAUUUAGAAAACAUCAACGGACUCACACAGGGGAGAAACCAUUUAAAUGUAUAGAGUGUGGAAAGAGCUUCAGUUGGAGUGGAUCAGUUAGAAUUCAUCAACGGAGUCACACAGGGGAGAAACCAUUUAAAUGUAUGGAGUGUGGGAAGUGCUUCACUGAGAGUGGAAAACUUAGAAUUCAUCAACGGACUCACUCAGGGGAGAAACCAUUUAAAUGUGUAGAGUGUGGAAAGAGCUUCACUGAGAGUGGAAAACUUAGAAUUCAUCAACGGACUCACACAGGAGAGAAACCAUUUAAAUGCAUGGAGUGUGGAAAGAGCUUCAGUCGGAGUGGACAUCUUAGAAUUCAUCAACGGAAUCACACAGGAGAGAAACCAUUUAAAUGUAUGAAGUGUGGAAAAAGCUUUAGUCGGAGUGGAACACUUAGAAUUCAUCAGCGGACUCACAUUGGGAAAAAACCAUUUAAAUGCAUGGAGUGUGGAAGGAGCUUCAGUCAGAAUAUUCACCUUAGAAUUCAUCAACGGAGUCACACGGGGGAGAAACCAUUUAAAUGUGUAGAGUGUGGAAAGAUCUUCACUGAGAGUGGAGAACUUAGAAAACAUCAUCGGACUCACACAGGGGAGAAACCAUUUAAAUGUAUAGAGUGUGGAAAGAGCUUCAGUUGGAGUGGAUCACUUAGAAUUCAUCAACGGACUCACACAGGGGAGAAACCUUUUAAAUGUAUGGAGUGUGGGAAGAGCUUCAGUCAGAGUGGAGCACUUAGAAAACAUCAACGGACUCACACAGGAGAGAAACCAUUUAAAUGUAUGGAGUGUGGGAAGAGCUUCAGCUGGAGUGGAGACCUUAGAAGUCAUCAACGGACUCACACAGGGGAGAAACCAUUUAAAUGUGUAGAGUGUGGAAAGAGCUUCACUUGGAGUGGAGAACUUAGAAAACAUCAACGGACUCACACAGGGGAGAAACCAUUUAAAUGUGUAGAGUGUGGAAAGAGCUUCACUGGGAGUGGAUCACUUAGAAUUCAUCAACGGACUCACACAGGGGAGAAACCAUUUAAAUGUAUGGAGUGUGGGAAGAGUUUCACUGACAGUGGAAAACUUAGAAUUCAUCAACGGACUCACUCAGGGGAGAAACCAUUUAAAUGUAUGGAGUGUGGAAAGAGCUUCAGUCAAAGUGGAGCACUUAGAAAACAUCAACGGACUCACACAGGGGAGAAACCAUUUAAAUGCAUUGAGUGUGGAAAGAGCUUCAGUCAGAGUGGACAUCUUAGAAUUCAUCAACGGAGGCACACAGGGGAGAAACCA